UAAAUUCAGUCAGCCACCAGAAGGCGACCAUCAAAUCAAUCGCCCAUCCCGCGAGCUUUGCAGAUCUCUCGUUGUUUGUUUACAACCUGGGAACUUCCUGCUUGCUAUUAGCUUUGUACGUUGUAAGCUAACUGGGUGAUUAACUAGACACACUUUACAAGUCCGCUUUCAAGAUGGGAUGUGACGGUGGCACGAUUCCUAAAAGGCAUGAGUUGGUGAAAGCCCCCAAGAAAGUCGAGAAGGUUGAUAAAAAUGCAGAGUUGGCUGCCCAGUGGAAAUACUGUGCCUUGAGCCAAGAGAAACUCAGACGCCCCAUUGUUGCCUGUGAACUGGGAAGGCUAUUUAACAAAGAUGCUAUCAUUGAAUAUCUUCUGGAUAAGACUGCUGAGAGACCCAAUACUCAAACUGUAACUCACAUUCGUGGGAUCAAGGAUAUAAAGGAACUGAACUUGACUGAUAACCCUGAGUGGGAGGGAGAGAGAAGGAAUACUAAAGGAGACCGAUAUGAGGACUUCAACUGCGGCAUGUUCAUUUGCCCUGUUGUUGGGUUGGAGAUGAAUGGCAAGCACAGGUUUUGUUACCUGCAGACCUGUGGCUGCGUCUUUUCUGACAGGGCCCUGAAGGAGAUCAAGACAGAUAUCUGCCACAAGUGUGGGGACACCUUUAAAAAUGAGGAUGUCAUUGUGCUCAAUGGCACCAAAGAGGAGGUUGAGAAGCUGAGGGAGAAGAUGGAAGAGAGGCGGACCAAAGCCAAAACUAAGAAAACUAAGAAGAGCAAAGCAGCUGAAGCUGUGUCCACACCAUCAGAAUUAAAAGAUGACACACAAGCUCCACAAGUGGCUUUAACCGAGAGCUCACUAGAAAAUGGUGAAAGCAGCCAGUCAGCUGUGGCCGGAUCCUCCAGCUCCUCUAAAGGCACCAAGUCUUCAACUUCAUCCGCCACCAAAAGGUCCGUCCAGGAAAUGACAGAGAAGUCAGAGGUCUUCAAAUCCCUGUUCACCAGCCACAGCUCUGCCAAGCGCACUAAAGAUCAGACAUCCAACUGGGUCACCCACACCCCGUAUCACUUCUAGUUACUGUCACUCAGAGCAAAGAUCACCAUUUUUAGAUUGCUCCAGAAAUUGUGACCCAUUAACAAGCCAUUACUGAUAAAACCUAGUUCUACAUACCCAGCGCCAACACACAUAUAAACCCACACAGAUGCACACACAUUGCCUACAUGACCUUUAAUUAUGUCACCAACGUGUGGACUCCCAAUACAUUUCUUCAGUCCCCUGUAGCUCCGUGUUUACAUGUUGUGAACAUUUUGUUAAUUGACUCCCCAAGCUGUUCAGACUGUUUUUUUUGUAACCUUCCUCCCAAACGUAUUCCCUAGCAUCUUUGUGUUCUCAGUUACAGGUGCUCUGAGAAUUGAUGCUUAAGUGACUUUAUUAUCUCUGUCACUCUGCUGUCUCCUAGUGGACAAAGUGUAGCUUUUCAAAGUGAUCUUUACAUUGUUGGAAAAGUAGUGUCAGACCAAAUAUAGGGUGGAUUUUACUCA